CCAAUGCCAUGGAUUCGCCUCCGAUGCUGCAUUCGGUGAAGCUCUACGUCUACGACCUGUCCAAGGGCAUGGCUCGCCGCCUCAGUCCUAUCAUGCUCGGUAAGAGCGGCGAGUAAGACGUGGAAAGCCGCCGCCUCCUCAGUCUGUGUGAUAGGCUGAGGGGGAAAGCGGACGGGGAUGGCUAUCCGGUCAAUACUGCCUUUAACGGGGGAAGAAGCGCCUGCUCCAGUUAUGCAGGUCUGCGGGAGCGAACGAGCUCUUCCGCCUCUCUCCAGACUCCUAGGACCUGGUGAGAAAAUGCGGGGUUGUAUUUCCCUUCAUCCGCCCAAUGCAGGUCUUUAACCUGCCCGGCCUCUUCUCUACCCCUGCUAUGUACCGUACUAAGGGGGCGACUUCAAGAGCCCCGAUGCCUUUACAAUUUUUCCCGCCGACACAAAAGGAGAGGAGGAAAUGCUAAGCUCGACGCUUGAAACCAGCUGUUUCCCAGGGUCGUUUAAGGUGUUUGUGGUUAGGUGGGAGUUCAAAAAGCCAGAGACAAGGCAUCUUUGGGGGGGGGGGUUGAUAAUGGAACCUCUAAAAAGGAACACAUUCACCUUUACAGGUGAGUUACAGAGAAGACAAAAAAAAAUCCUCCAGGUAAACAGAAUAGUCACUACUGCAUUAUGAUAUACCUAAACCAUUAAAAGUGACAAUUGAAUAAGGCACUUGUGAUUUAUUAUUUUAUUAAUCAAAUUUAUAUAGCUGCCCAUCUCUUCCCAAAGAGGACUUACACAAUAAAUAACAAUAAAACAUCCAAUAUAAAGCAGAUAAAAACUUAAAAAGUAACAUUUGUGCUCGUUAUGAAUAAUCAAGCUACUAUUUCAUCAACUCCUGAUAACAUUUUUCAUUGAACUAUUUAAAUUUUCCAAAAUUUGGCUCUUGUUCAUUGAUCAUGUCCACAUAUGUAUCGAUUAUUUGGGGUUCUUUCUGUAACUAAAUUUACCUUUAUCUCUUCCUUUUUCACGAGAAGUUUCUCUUUUUAUUUUUUAUUAUGACUAUCUUUGUGUAAAACCUCCGCUUGAUUUCUCUCAUUUUCUUAAAUCUCUUGUUUUCCCAUUUGAUUAUUAUCCUUCAUUUGUUUGCUUUCACUUAUUUAGAUAUAACUUCUUGCCCUUCUUAAGAAUUUGUGUUUAGGUAGGUAAUUUUUUUCUGUUGCUGUCACCGUUUCCUUUUGCUAGUUUUCACCAAUUUUCAGUCAUCUUCUUUUGCUUCUGACAGCAUGGAAUAUUUUAAUUGCUUCAUCUGUAUGAAUUUGACAUACAGUACAACAAUAUGGCAGAUUUCUAUUAGGGACUGUGCUGAAUUUAGUUCAUUCAAAUAUAUUUAUGUACUCAAUUUAUAUCCCACCUUUUCCAAAAUGCACCCUUACCCAACUUUUCUCUAUAAGAACCUUGUGAGAUAGAUUGGGCUAAGAGAAAGUGAGUGGCCUAAAGUCACUCAUUGUGCUUCAAUACUAAAACCUGGGUGCCUCUGUUUCUAAUUCAACACCUUAGUUCAUAAAUACACAGACUCUCUCAUAUGAAUCUCUUCUUUGAUCAUCACAGCCCACUCCAAUGGCAUAUUGCUGAGAUUCAUCUUCUUGGCUUGAUCAGUUUGUUUUCUUUCUUAGUUGAAGUUGGAAGUUCAUGAUCUGAGCCACAGUCAGCAUCAUGUCUUCUUUUUACUGGCUGAACAGAACUUCUUCAUCUGUACUUGCAAAAUAUAUGGUCAAUUGUAUUCCAUCUGGUAAUAUUUAGUAGUUAGAUUGUUGUACAAGUUGUUUAGAUUGGUGAAAAAAGUACUAUAUUUCUUGUGAACAUUAAAUUAUCAUGGCAGAAUUAUGUUAAUCUGUCAUCUGCCUUAUUUUAUAUAUCAAGGUCUAAUUUCCCUCAUGAGUAGGCUUUAGUAUUCCAGUAGCCUUUGAAGAGAUCACAUCUUUUUUGUUGUAUUGACAAGUUGUUGCAUGUCAGGAUACAACUAUUAUCAGCCUCCUCUGUACCUGUGGGAUGCAGGGAUCACCUUAACAUUGAACUUCUUAAUUGGAAUUAAAAUCCUCCAGUCGUUUUUUGAGUUAUAUCUUGAAUUUUGUUUGCAUUGGAUUUAACACUUUGUUUUUGCUAAUAAUUAUAACUGCUUCAUUUCUUGUCCGGUGUUCUUGUUCACUGUAGAAUAUCUGGUGCAUUUUUUAAUGUGAAGUGACUUAUUCCAACUUUACAGUUUUCUAAGUCCCAAAAUUUUGCAUAUAGACUUGAUACUUCUGCUCUAAUAGCACCCACUUGCUUUGGUUCAUGAUUCUAACAUUUUUAUAUCAACUUGUUUGUGUGUGUAUAUGUGUGUAUAUACGGUAUAUAUAUAUACACACAUGCACACACGCACACAAAUAUAUCUUUGCAGGAUAAAAGUUGUCUUUUGUCUCUGGGUAUACAAGCAGCUGAACAUUCUAUCAGCCUUAGUCUAGUCACAUGAUUAUCAUCAGUGCUACACAUAAUUGUCCUCCACUGUUAUUGUCCUACUGGUAGCUGUGAAUUUUACUUUGUUUUCUUGGUAGAAUAGUGGAGUGAGUUACCAUUUCUUUCUCCAGUGGAUUGUGCUUAAUCUGAUCACUCAGCUGUGAUUUACUGAUUGUUACAAGUGCCCUUUUGAGAGUAUGUGCUCCCAACUGUAUAGUAAUAGUUCAUGACAUAAUGGGAAUGUAUAACUUUGUUUACCUCUACAAAGUGAUGAUUCUUGAAGGGUUAAAUCAUUUAAUUUCAUGUACGUAUUUUAAAUACAUAAGAUUUAAUCAAACUAGAUACUUUAAUUACUGGCCUAUAAACAGUAAUUUUGUUUUUGAUGUAGCAUAACUUUUAUUCUUAAAAUUAAUUUCAUAUCAGUAAAAGUGGCAACCAGAGCAGCAUAUGAUUUUAUAUGAUCAUAUAAAAUGACUUUAUAUCACUGUCAUAAUAAAAUCAUGAAACAGAAGAAGCAAACUAAGUCACCUUAUUACUAUUCCCACACUAUUUAUGGAAGAUUAUUUUAAUCCAUAAUAUAUAUAUAUAGCCAUUCCCUAUAUUUGCAAAGCAGCAUUGAAUUUAUUCAAGUUGAGUUUUUAUGUAUCCUCAACAUAUAGAUGUGUAUUUACAAAGUAAAUGUUUAGCAGUUAAGGGAUUCUACAAUACUGAAGUCCAAAAAGGAUAUUUUUUCUUUAAAAUGCUACAGAAUCAUUUACUGUUUAUCAAAGUGCUGUAUUUGUUUUUGAAAGCAAGAUUCAAUCAAUGAUAUAUUGUGUGCUGCUUACUACUUUUGAAUACUUUUAGUAAAGAGCAAGGCAUAAACAUUAAACCAUUUCAUAAUUUUUAAUGUUCAUUUUCUUACUUUCAUUUCUGAAUUUGCACUGUCAUUGUGAUGAACAAAAGUGUAAUCAUAAGCAACUCAUUUGAGUUUCAGCAGAAUUGCAAGUACCUCCCACAUGGAACUCCAUAUUAAUUAACAGUCAGACAACAGUUGUUCAUAGUAUAGUGAGACUUGAGCACAGGGGCAAUAUUCACUUAAUGUAAUAUGUUGCACUGAUGAUACAUCAUUUCUAACAUAUUAGGUCAGAUGUAAAUAAAAAGUAAUUCAAUAUGUUUUAUUUGAUCUAAGAGAAAAAAUAUUCUGCAUUAUCUUAACAUAUUAAUAUAGAUAUUAAUAUUACAUUUUACAUUUCAUAUCCUUUAGCAGCCUGCCAUACUUUAAGAAUCAAGAAAAAGAAAAAAGGUGUUUCACAGGUUUUUAAAAAAAUGAGGUAGUUAAGUCUGACCUGAGCUCUUUCUAAGAGAAACUAAUUUAGAAAGUUAUGAAGAUGCUGAUACGUAUUGCUUUCUUCUUCUUUUGUAUACAGGUAAGCAACUAGAGGGUAUCUGGUAAGUAACUAGUCUUAAAAUUAAUUGGAAUGUUUGUACUAUGGGAGAUCCCUACUGCUAUGCCUACAUAAUUUAGACAGUGUGGUCAAGGGAUUAAAAAUUAACAGAGAAAUCUAAUUAUUUUGAUGUAGCUACAGUCAGUGCAAAAAAAAUAAUAAUAAUUCAAAAUGAAGUAGGGCCAGUGGGGGAACAAAAAAAGUCCAUGUGCUCAGUCAUUCAAGCCCUUGUCUUCUCACAUCUGGACUACUGUAAUGCACUCCUCAUGGGUCUAUCUUUGAAGAGCAUUCUGAAUCAUCAACUGGUGCAGACAGUUCUUGGGGGCCCUAGGAUGGCCCGUGUUACACCACUAUUCCAUGAGCUGAACUGGCUGCCAGUUGCUUCUGGGUGCAAUACAUGGUGUUAUCACAUUUAAAGCCCUGCAUAGCAUGGGUCCAUAUUACUUGAGAAACUGUCUCACCUCCCUAGGUCUGGCCCACCAGACUCAACAAUCAAGGAAUUCUAAAGCUGGUGGGUCCAGAAGGGCCUUCUGUGCCAUGGCUCCUGCCCUUUGGAACAUCUUACCCCUGAGGCACACCUCCAUAGUUGCCCACAGGGAUGAAUUCUUCUAUGGUAGUGGGGGAAUUUCAAGUUGUCCACCUGGUGGAACACUGCUUGGGCCCCCAGAUUCUGUUGUAGAUCUGGGAUAUACUGAAGUUUCAGAAGACCUCUUCUUAGAAUAUUUGUCCUCAUUGGGGGAAUCUAUAUUCCGAGGAGACUCCUAUAAUCUUUUUGAUCAUAAUUGUAAUACAUUCAGCAAUGAAGUGGCACAAUUCUUGACAGGGAGAAAGAUCCCUUCCUACAUUACAGAUCUUCCAUCUGAAGUCCUUGCAACACCAUUUGGACAAGCAUUACGACCCCUUCUUGACUCCAUCCAGAUCCAGCCACCUGGAGGAAAUACUUUUAGCAGACAUAAUGGACAAAGCUAGCAAACACAGUGAAAAACAUCUCAAUUCAUAAGGGCAUUUCCUUUUAAAACUCCACUGUAUUAGAUACUUGUCUUAUGUUUAUGCCAUGGUUCAAAAGUGGCAUUUCGGACUUGAUAGGGAGAAUAUUUAUUGAAUUGCAUGCCAUGUGGUGAUAUCAGAAGAAAUAUGGUCAUAAAAUCAAAUAAUGUAUUUACUUAUUAAAGCUGUUUUUUGUCUUGGUUCACUUUUUUACUAUUCCCUACUAAGAAAGUGGAAAUUAGGAGAUCCACCUGCACAGUUUAAAAUAAUAGGGAUAUCCUUAGCCAUCUCUUUCCAAAAAUACUAAUUUCAUUACAAUUGUUGCAGUAUUUUGUAAUCUCAAAGUUGUAAAUUUAACAAUAUUAAACAAUACACUUAAAUAUGCUUUUAAUUUUUAUAGUAGAAAAAAACUAAAAACAUUCACUGUGAAAUUAUUUUGAGAAAUACAGAAAAUAAAAGCCAGUUGGCAAUAGAAAUAAAUAUAUACAGUAAUAGAUUUUUAAGUGUGGAUUGUCGAUGCCAAAAAAACCACCCUCUAUCACUUAUUUUGAAAAUCUGACCUUUUCAAUACCAGAAAGAAUAGCGCUAACCCUUGUGCUAUGUUAAUCUUUUGUAUGUUAAAAAAACCUACAAUGGGUAGAAAUGAAUGUCUUACUGUAAGCAGUAACACCAUAUUUUAAAGAAGGCUAAAUGAAUUAAACUAAUACAAUAAGUAACAUAAUUUUCACAAAACUUAUGCAAUGUACAACUUUCAGAUAAAAGUGUAGAUUAACCAUUUUCAAUUCUGGAAGCCUAUCCAAAAUCAACUUUAAGACCUAUUAUUUAAAUCCUGAGUUUUAAAUAUAUAAAUAUGGUUACAUUGGUUAUAUCCAUCCCUAUAAACACCCUUCUCCACAUGCUAACAUCCACUUUGAAUCAGGAGAAUCUUGUAGCUGGUUUUUUUUUUAAAUCAUUAAAAAUUAUCUAUUUAACCAGGUUUGGGGCCCACUUCAUUUUUUUCUGUAAAUAAUUGUAACAGAACACUGGAAUCAGUUUGAGGAGCAAACAGAUAUAAUAUGCCUUUUUUUCUUCUCUGCUGAGCAUGAUUAACAAAGCAUAAUAUGGCAAUGACAGCUUUUUUCUGAGAAAACACACACACACACACACACACUUCCCUCAAUAUCGGGCUAUUUCGUUAUAUCAAUUUUUUAUUAAUUUAAGUGGAUUUUUUUCAGAAACUGGAAGAUUUUCCUUUGAGAGGCUAUUUAUUUGUUUCCACUUUCUCCUAAUACUUGGGAAGAACAUUAGAAAAUCUGCUUUACUCAGAGAUAAUAUUCACUUGUACAAUGUAUUGACUAUAAAAUACAGACCUAAUAAAGUAACUAGAUUGCAGUCCAAAUGUUUUUGUCCCCUUUUUAAAAGGAGAACUUUUGAAAGAUUUAUGUGAUGAGCCACAAAACUCACUAUCUAUAAACAUUACAGGACUGCUUGCUGGAAUUUGUUGCUAAAGAUACAGUAUCGGUGAUGCCAGAUGAGAAAGGCUGUUUUAAGUCUGAGGCUCAGAAAAAUUCUUGGUAGGGAAAACAAGGUUUCCUUCCUUAGAAAAAAUAGAAAAUUCUGAAUGAAUAGAACAGUAGAGAAAUGAGAAAGAAUGCUUCAUAAAUGCAUGCUUUUGAAAUGCCUCAGAACUUUUGUGCUGAAUUUUCAGAUUGCAAUCUGAUAAAGUAUUUUUCUAUUACAAAAGUAUUUUAUAUCUAUAUUGAUUAUUGCAACACAGAAAGAAUUGGAGUGACAGUGAAUAUAGUUCUGAAUGUUCUUUCUAUAUGACAAACUGUACCUGCUUUUAGACAUCUCUUCUCUAUCACAACCAUUAUGAAUGUGUGAUAGAGGAGAAGAACUGCUGAUAUAAAAUAUAACCUUUCUAAAAUUUAUUCCAUAACAUAUUGGAAGCAAUGGUUGAUUAGAAUAUUUUGAUUUCUUAAAAGCUACAUUCAAAACACACAUACUUUUUUGUAUGUUCCAAAAAGUCAUGCUUUCUAGUAAACCUGUUUUGAAUUGUAGUUUUAAUAAUGUAAUUGAUUGUUUUUUCUUGUGUAACUUUUCAUCAUUCCUUCUGUCAAAUUUAAUGUACAUUUCUCCAUUUAACUAGUGCAUAUAAGCAUAUGGAGAAAUGAAGAAAUUCCUGGUACUUAUUUAAUCAUAUUUUUGGAACUUUCCUUCCUAUAACUUUAGAAAAUGCAAAAUAAACUCAUGUUUACUCAGAAACAGGUACCACUUUUUCCUACAGGAUUUGUUCCCAAGUAAGUUUGCAACCCUAGGUAGUUGCCUUCACUAAGAGUAAAAAGAAUAUUCUACUUUUUGCAUUAUGAUCAUGUCCUCUCUACUGCUUGCAGUAAAGAAAGGAUUCUUUUGCUUUCUGGAAUACACUGUAGGCUCUAUUUUCAGUGAUGGGCAAUAAUAUUUAGAACUUCACUGAACAGAGACCUAAAAGAGGCUGCAUUUCAAACUGGGGUUUCAAUUCUAGGAUCUGAAUGAUUAUUUAUAUGUUAUAUUCCACGACACUAGUGACUAAGGUCAGUUCAGAGACAGCAGACCUGCUUUAUACUUGUGGAAAAAUAUACUGGUAGCUACAUUCAUAUCUUAACAUUUUUCCCAUCCUUAUAUUUAUAAGUCUAUAUAAAGUAUGAAAUGUGCAUGUAUUUAAAUUGAUAUACUUUUAACCUGUCAAUGGGCAUGGAAUGCUGAGCAGCCUGUAUAUGACAGCAAAGAUCUGGCUUAAUUAACAGGUCUGUCAUUUCCAGGAAUUCCAUAUUGUUCUUGUUUUAUAAUUAAAAUAAAGCCUUUGUCAGAA